AUCUCAGGUACCUACUUACAUUUUAUAUGAGGAAGAGUAAGCAGCAACAAGAAAGCAACGCCAAUAAAAAUGCCUAUAUUCGCUGACCCAGCUCUCUUCCCCUCAUUCCACGAACUACCCUCGUCAUCCGCCGCCGCAGCAGCCGCAGCAGCAACAGCAGACCAGUUCCUGCUGGCGCAAAUAAAAGAGGACAUGACGAUCACGAAGCCCACGGUGAUCGUCCGGGACAGGAGCGGGGCCGACUUCGCCGUCACCUUCGAGGACGGCGACCAUCGGGGCCUGGGACAGGGCGGGAUCCGCUUCCGGAAGGGCCACACGCUGGUCGUGCCGCGCGCGACGCGCACGGACCGCGGCGAGGGAAAGCAGCCUAUCGUUCGCGUGCCGCCUGGGGAGGGGGCGAGCGUUCGGAUCCUGCCUGCUGGGCUGGAUCAGGUUUUUGAAUUGGGGGCGGUUUUGGAUGGGAUCGAGGGGGCGGGGAAGGGGAGGAAAUGUGCGGCUUGCGGCAAGGAGGAGGAGAAGGAGGAGAAGGACGGGGAGGAGUUAAAGAACCCGCUAAUGAGAUGUACGGGGUGUGGCGUCGUUGCGUACUGCAGCAAAGCUUGCCAGGUGCGCGGCUGGAGCGAAUUAGGACAUAAGACGAAUUGUAAAGUGAUUCGGUCUAUCAAGGAGAUAUGGCCAUGAUAUGGUGUGUAGUACGUACUUGUGAGAACAGACCACAGUUGCGUGGAUGUCAAAAAGAAACAGAUUGAGCGGCAAUACGGGUGAUCCAUGACUAUUGUGUAAGUCCCGAGACUAUUAUCAAAAGACUUCACUAGCAGCUAAUAUUCUAAUGCGAAGACCUAACUUGGGGUUUGAACACAUCACA